CUUUAAGUAGAGGUCAACUGGUCCGUGGUUCGGUGCUCACAACGGUCGCGGCCAAAGCUGACCCCGGGCUGCAUCCCUUGGGCAUAUGGGUCUGUGUCCUCCGACGCUCCGCUGCUUCCAGGUCCUGCCUGGCCUCGGGAGCCGGGAGUCAGGAUGGUCUCAUCCUCACCAUUUAGCCACAAUCAGUCCCUUCCCUCCACACGACACGGUUGACAUCAGUGCGUUUCCCAGACAUCGCUUCAUCUGACCCUGACAGAAAUGCCCUGGCGUUGAGAAGCCUGAAGUCACGUGCAAAAGUUUAGAGGUUCCUAAUCGGUGCAGACUCUUCAGGAGCAGAGGAUGCUCACCGAACAAGGCGUUCCCACGAUGUGGCUGAUUUUAACAACAACCUGUUGUUUGAUCUGUGGAACUUUAAGUGCUGGUAGAUUCUUUAAUUUGGAAAAAGAAGCGAAUCCUGAAGUGUGGAUGAAUAUUAGUGAGAUCAUCACCUACAAUGGCUACCCCAGUGAAGAGUAUGAAGUCAUCACUCAGGACGGGUACAUCCUCAGCGUCAACAGGAUUCCUCAUGGACGAAAAGAUGCCAGGAGCCCAGGACCCAGGCCAGUCGUAUAUAUGCAACAUGCCUUAUUUGCAGACAAUGCCUCCUGGCUGGAGAAUUUUGCCAAUGGCAGCCUUGGAUUCCUUCUAGCAGAUGCAGGUUACGAUGUCUGGAUGGGAAACAGCCGGGGGAACACUUGGUCAAGAAGACACACAACACUCUCAGUGACUGAAGAAAAAUUCUGGGCAUUUAGUUUCGAUGAAAUGGCCAAAUACGAUCUCCCGUCUGUAAUAGACUUCAUUGUAAAUAAAACUGGUCAGGAGAAGCUGUAUUUCAUCGGGCAUUCACUUGGCACUACAAUAGGGUUUGUAGCCUUUUCCACCAUGCCUGAACUGGCACAAAGAAUCAAAAUGAAUUUUGCCUUGGGUCCUGUGGUCUCAUUCAAAUAUCCCACGGGCAUUUUUACCAGUUUUUUUCUACUUCCAAAAUCCGUAAUCAAGGGCAUUUUUGGUACCAAAGGCAUAUUUUUAAAGACGGGAAGGGAACCUUCCCUCAAACUCUGCAACAAUAAAAUAUUAUGGGUGAUAUGUAGUGAACUCAUGUCCUUAUGGGCUGGAUACAACAAGAAAAAUAUGAAUACGAGUCGAAUGGAUGUGUAUAUGUCACAUGCUCCCACUGGAUCAUCGAUGCAGAACAUCCUGCAUAUAAAACAGCUUUACAGAUCUGAUGAAUUCAGAGCUUAUGACUGGGGAAGCGAAGCUGAGAACAUGCGUCACUAUAAUCAGAGCCGUCCCCCGCUCUACGACUUGACCACCAUGAAGGUGCCUACUGCUAUAUGGGCUGGUGGCCAUGAUGUCCUUGUGACGCUCCGGGAUGUGGCCCGGGUAAUCCCCCAAAUCGGGAACCUCCAGUACUUCGACCUCUUGCCUGACUGGAAUCACUUCGAUUUCAUCUGGGGCAUGGACGCUCCUCAGCGGAUGUAUAGUAAAAUCAUAGCCUUGAUGAAGUCAUACUCCUGACUGCAGCACAUCUCCAUCUUGGUUCAAAGUUGCUUGCCAGCCC